GCGACGAACCAAAACGCCACAGUAUCACGCUGUCGUUCGUUUGUUUUUUCUUCUGUAUUUGCGUCAGUUUUUCUUUAUCAAAUUUACUUGCACUUUAAUCCAAACAUUUUAUGCGAAUGGCUGCAGAGUUUCUCUGGGAGAACAGAAACAUCGUUUAGUUUUACCGCCAUGCUGCUGGUGGACACCGGCGUGUACAUCGGCACUGCAGCCGACCUAAACGACAGGCAGGCGUUGGAUGGUGCGUCUGUCACUCACGUCCUGUCUGUGGACUCUGUGGACCCGGGGCUGCUGCUCCCUGCUGAUGGGAAGCACUUCAGGAAGUGGAUUGAUGUUUUAGAUGAAGCCACGUCUGACCUCCUCAGUCACAUGGAUGCCUGCUUUGUGUUCAUUGAGGAGGCGGUUAAAGGGGGUGGGGCAGUACUCGUUCACUGCCAGGCGGGUCGGAGUCGCAGUGCCACCAUUGUGACGGCCUAUCUGAUGAAGAGAUACCGGCUGAGCUUCAUUGAGGCCUACAACAGACUGAAAUGUCUCAAACAGGAUGUUCAGGUCAACAGUGGCUUUGAGGAGCAGCUCCAUCUGUAUGAAGCAAUGCACUGGGAAGUGGACACAUCUAGUCCUUCCUACAAACAAUACAGACUGCAGAAGAUCACAGAGAAAUACCCAGAGUUACAGCAGGGGGCGCCAGAGUUGCCCAGGGAGAUUUUUGCAUGUGACCCCGCCCACUCCAGCUCCUCUGAAAUGUCUUAUAGAUGCAGAAAGUGCCGACGGACUCUGUUUCGUGGCUCCAGCAUUCUCAGUCAUGCUGUAGGUGACGGAGCUUCAGCCUUCAGCCACAAGAAGCCCAGUAACCUCACUGGAGAAGUCCAGUGUACCUCGUACUUCAUUGAGCCGGUGCAGUGGAUGGAGCCAGCAUUACUUGGAGUAAUGGACGGACAGCUGCUGUGUCCAAAGUGCCGCUCCAAGCUGGGCUCGUUCAGUUGGUGUGGAGAUCAGUGUUCGUGUGGCCGCUGGGUCAUGCCCGCCUUCCAGCUGCAUCGCAACAGAGUGGACGAAAUUCGGCAGCUUCACAUUCAGAAAUAACACACACACACACACACACACACACCUCACGCAGGAGCUAAUCUUAAUAAGGUUCACAUAUAUGCUGCACAUAUUUGGAACGGUAUGAAUGAAUUCAAUAAUGUAGAUCAAAUUUAAAAGAGCCAUUUUCAUUGAGCAACAUGUGUGAAUGUGCUGCUAAGCAUACAUGUGACUGUAAAUGAAAUAUAUCUGUAUAUAUUGUAUUUAAAUAAAACAAUUGGACUGGUGCUCUGUAAA